AUGGAUCUUCCACCAAACAAGACUGACGAGCUGGAGAGGAGGUUAUCGACGAGGAAUUCGCUGCGGAUAUCAGUCAUUAGUGCGGAUGAGGACCCAGAGUUGGCCGCCAUGGGAAUGGUGGCAGAUGGGUUCAGACCAGUCAACCCCGGCCCCGAGAUCCAACCACCAUCGACGCCAUCACUCGCCUCCGGAUCCAGCACACUACUUGGCGAUGGAAGUCCAGAGUCAGCACGAAUAGGUCGCUCUCCCAGCAUCUCGAAGCCACCCAGGCCACGAGAUGCAUCGUCGACACGGCAACAUGGGGGGCCAGAACAGGCUGACGAAUCCUCGAGUUUGAGCAGGCAAUUGAGCGGAUCUACCGAAUCCACAGCCUAUCUAGCACCCGAGAGCCCGUACAGGGGACCGUCUGGACCAUCGCAUCCCUACCAGAUGUAUCCGCAGGACGUAAGGAUGGCAAGGACAAUGAGCACAACGACGACCUCGUCGACGCUACCGGCGUCGGAAUUGUCGUACACUGGGCCUCGUGGACCAAGUCAUCCGUAUGGCCUCUAUCCUCAGAGCGACGGGGUCGAAACGGGCGCUAUGCCAGACACCGUUCCACUAGGUUUUCACGGUCUUCCCGAUCAGUACCGGCGACGAGUUGGCGCAGACGGGGAGGAAGCUGGCGACAUCAUCGGCCCAGACGGCCAUACCGAACAGCUUCCGCCAUACACGCGAUAUCCGGAUGAGGCAUAUGCUCGCAAGGUAGCGGCUGCCGAUGCCUUGACCCCAACUGGAGUAGCACAAGCAACGACGAAUACGCCAAAUACAGCGGCAGCCGCGGUAACCGCACCACCAUCCAUCACAACGUCCGGUUCCACCAUUGUCGGUGCGGGAGGGCUUGGGCUAGCCACACGAAAUCCCGAAUUUGAUUCAACAGACGAUCUCGGGUCUCCCCAGUCCCGCCACUCGUCGCGAAGUUUCACCUCGGACAGCACCAAUCGGGUCAUUAAGCCGUAUGAAGAGGUUGUCAACGAAAAGGGGCAAUCGCCAAAGGGGUGGAAACUGUGGAUGAGGCGGAAGCUAUGUGGUAUCGUCCCAUAUUGGGUUAUAUGCCUGACGUUUCUGAUAUUAUUGGUGGUGGGAGCAAUUUUGGGCUCAGUUAUCGGCACAUUCUUGUCCAAACAAAAGCGGCCAAUGCGCAAGGAUGGCACAUGGUCACCAUUCAACUCGCCAGCCCCUGUACCAACGUUUGGUGCCGUUCCAAUACCAAAACCAGCCGAUCUUCAGCCACUACCGGCGGGCACCUUCAGCAUGCCACUUACAACGAACCGCGUGUCCAAUACUUGCUUUCAAGACCCGACUCUCUCGCAAGCAUGGAACUGUUUUCUCGUCAUCGCCGGCUUGCAUCUAACAAUAGCUGAGAAUCACGGCGAACACAGCAUGAUGCUCAACUUUAACCAUUCGUUCACGUUGAUGAAUAACGUAUACUCGUAUGGUGAACAGCCACCUCUGGUAGAAAAACCGGUUACUCUGACACUGGUCAACGACACCUUUGAGCCAACACGGGGCCCGGCAUUCUACAACAUGCUGACCUACGACAAGACGGUCAUUCUCCCCGAAGCUGCCCUCUCACCGACGACUCCUUCUGUGACAAGAAGAAACAUUCGCAACCUGGCCGGCAUGACCGACUUUAAGCGCAAAAAUAUCGCCAAGGUCGGGGACAAGCCGUGGGUGUGCAGAUGGCCAGACACGUACCUCCGAGAUGUUCAUCUAUCCCCCCACCUAAAACUCAAGCUGGUUCUGGGAUCCCGCCACUGUCAGCAGGGGGCCCGGGCGGUGGCCCGGGAAGUCCAGGGCGGGGGCCAUAUCAGUCCUUUCUCACCUCGACAACAACAUCAACAUUUUUCGAAUCAUCUUCCGCCACACUACUGA